AAAAAAGUUAACAAGAAAAGCCAAUUGCACGGCAGCUAUGAACGAAUCUGUGCGCUAUGACCGCUGUCAGCAGAUUCAGUUGGGUGUCCUGAGCGAAUCGCAGAUGUCGGCAGGGGAGGAGCCGCCCCCACAGCCCCAGGGAACGGGUAACAUUCUGUUUACUCAUGAUGGGGUGCUGCUGAAAAAGGCCAGUGCCGAGCAUAUUUCUGACUUAAACACAAGUGGCUCCUUGUCCUUGGUGGAGUAUACGUCAUCGGAGCUGCCGCGCCGCCGUCUGUAUCUGGAAUGGCAGCCAAACGAUAGCAUCAUGAUAGCUGACGACAGCCAGGACCAGGGUGAUUGGGCACUGGUGGACAGAAUAUCGGGGCGGAACCGCACUACCUCCGAGUGCCGCGCCUUCAACACAAAGCCCAGCGAGCCGGGCAACGGAACUGCAUCCCGCGCGAGAAUCAUGAGGGUCCUGCUCGAUGAACUAGAUGCGGUCGAGGUUCGGCAUCGCGGUCAGACCAUACGGUUCAUCCGCAAAUCUGGUGGCGGAGUCCACAGCGAGUUCUUCUUUCAGCACGGCAACGCUGAUCUGUUUGUGCGCUCCAUGCGGGAUCUUCACUUCAUCGAGAGUUCCGAGACGACUCGUGGUGGCGAGGAAUAUGCCAUCCUGACCACCGAGAAUCAGAAGCUGAAAAAGACCUUUGCGGAACUGGACAUCGGCGAUAUCAAGUCAAGUCAUUUGCCGCGGGAGAGCUGGCUACCCAAUAAGCUGGCUGGCUUCCUCGGCAACAUUCCAGACUAUGUUCAGCCGCCGUUCCAGCGCUCGCCGAAGUCGAGGCCGGGCACUUUGCUGAGUGGCGAUCGUCAGACCUCGCCGGACAACUAUCAGAUAAUUGGAUUGAGUGGCAGCACCAACAGCGCCUGUUCAUCGAACAGCCAGAGCCGCGGAGGUAGUGCGGACAAGUCACCAGCGGACAGCGAACUGGAGAACCUCAAUGCUCAGGACGAGAAAAUUGUCAACAACUUGCCGGAUCGCCAGAGAGUGGAGCGAGGUUUGCCUCUUACUGAAGCCCAGUGGCUGGAGUUUCAGACACCAGACGGGCGCAUCUCGGAUAGCGACCGAAUCAAAGAGAUCGUAUUUCGCGGGGGUAUAUCCCACGCCCUGCGGUCCAAAGCCUGGAAAUAUUUGCUGAAUUAUUAUCAUUGGUCCGACACCGAAGCGGAGCGAAUAGAGAGGCGCAAGCUGAAGUCGCUGGAGUACUACAACAUGAAGGCGCAAUGGCUGGCAAUGACUACAGCACAGGAGGCAAACUUUUGCGGCUACCGUGAACGGAAGUGCCAAAUCGAGAAGGAUGUGAAACGCACCGAUCGCUCGCUUCAAUUCUUUGCCGGAGAGGACAACCCCAACCUGGCUCUGCUGCAGGGAAUUCUCAUGACAUACGUAAUGUACAACUUCGAUCUUGGCUACGUCCAGGGGAUGUCGGACCUGCUGGCGCCUAUUCUCGAAAUUCAGGGCGACGAGGUGGAUGCCUUCUGGUGCUUCGUGGGUUUCAUGGACAUGGUAUUCACCAACUUCGACAUGGACCAGGCGGGCAUGAAGAACCAGUUUGCCCAGCUGCGGCGCCUCAUCGAGUUUGCCAAUGCCCCAUUGUUCAACUACAUGCGCAGCCAUGACUCCGACAAUAUGUACUUCUGCUUUAGGUGGCUGCUUGUAUGGUACAAGCGGGAGCUGAGCAACGAGGAUGUGCUCAAUUUGUGGGAGUGCCUCUGGACACGUCUGCCCUGUCCCAACUUUCACUUGCUCUUCUCCGUGGCCAUCCUGGAUCAGGAGACAACUGUGAUCAUCGAGAGUCAAUACGAAUUCACUGAAAUACUAAAACACGUUAACGAACUUUCGGGCCACAUCGACGUGCAACGAACUCUGGAAAUAGCCGAAGCCAUCUAUCUGCAACUGAAGGCAUCCGAAACGCUGCCUAACGAUAUUCGCCUCAUCAUUGGAGAGCCUCUACUGCCGCCUGUUGCAGGUGAGGAGGCGGAGGAAGCAAUAGACGAGGAGCCUGCCUACUCGGAUGAUGGCUUCGACGAACUGGUACCCGAGCCGACGCCCGAGGAGAAGCAACGGCAACAGGCCCUGCUGGAGGAGGCCUGCGAGCGCUCGCUCUUCCUGACAUACCACUAACCUGGGUCGAAACUGGAAGGAAACCGGAAACCAAGCCAAGCCAAAAGCCAGCCCCUAGCAAAUCAUGCGCAAAUUAUCUUAGACUUUAAGACUCAAAGUUUACUACCGCAUCGAAGCGAAGCGAAGUGCUUUAACUGCUGAUACACAGAUUUAUAUAUUGUAUAUUAUACAUAUUUGUACGUUUUGUAUUUAUUGUAAGUUCUUUCCAAUCACCUCCCCUCCUCCCAUUACCCCAUACCCCAUACCCCAUUCAUUGGCCAGAGCAAUUAAUCCCCCCAAUAAGUAUACCAAAACAAAGUUUUCAAUUACGAGUAGAUAGGACUUGGCUCGCACCCAUCGAAUGCUUGGGUAGAUCGUUUUCGUUUUAUCAAAAUUCAACACGCAGCAGCUACUUCUGUUGCCCUUUUUUUAGUUUACUCAAUUACUGUGAAAAUACAUACAGAUAAUACAUCGAAAAGCGUAAUAUAAUACA